AUGGAGAGGAGAGAAGGAGCUAUGCACGUAGCCAUGUUUCCAUGGUUGGCUAUGGGUCAUCUUCUUCCUUUUCUUCGUUUGUCCAAGUUGCUUGCGCAAAAGGGUCACAAAGUCCUGUUCAUAUCAACACCAAGAAACAUCAAGAGACUUCCCAAACUACCAUCAAACCUCUCCUCCUCCAUCACCUUCGUCUCUUUCCCUCUCCCUGCCUUCCCCGGCUCAACUCCUGGCUCAGAAUGCUCCAUGGACGUGUCUUUCAACAAACAACAGUCUCUCAAAUCCUCCUUCGAUCUUCUCCAGCUACCGUUGACUAAGUUUCUCAGAGAUUCGUCUCCGGAUUGGGUCGUCUAUGACUACGCUUCUCACUGGCUUCCUCAAGUUGCGGCUGAGUUGGGAAUCUCCAAGGCUUUCUUUAGCCUCUUCAACGCCGCAUCUCUCUGCUUCUUAGGACCACCUUCGUUGUUGAUCGACAAUUUCAGAUCAAAGCCUGAAGACUUCACGGUGGUGCCUCCCUGGAUCCCAUUCCAUUCAAACAUCGCAUAUCGUUAUCACGAGAUCACUUUGGUCGGUGACAAGAAGGAGAAAGAUACGACUGGAGUCUCUGAUCCGGUCCGGUUUGGCUACUCGAUAUCCAACUGCGAUGCGGUUUUUGUCCAUAGCUCACCGGAGUUUGAACCAGAGUGGCUUGGUUUACUUCAAGAACUGUACCAAAAACCGGUGUUUCCAACCGGGUUUCUGCCAACAGACGCUGAAGUUGAAGGAGAUACAACGUGGAUUGCUAUAAAGAAGUGGCUUGACAUGCAGCGAGUCAACUCAGUUGUCUACGUUGCACUAGGUACCGAGGCGAUUCUUUGUCCAGAGGAACUCACCGAGCUGGCUCAUGGGCUUGAGAAAUCAGACGUGCCUUUCUUUUGGGUUCUAAGGAACGAGUCACAAGUUCCAGACGGGUUCGAGGAACGAGUUGAGGGACGUGGCAUGGUUCAUUUUGGGUGGGCUCCUCAGGUCAACAUAUUGAGUCACGACUCAGUCGGUGGGUUCUUGACGCACUGUGGCUGGAACUCACUAGUGGAAGGGCUAGGGUUGGGGCGAGUUCCGAUUUUUUUCCCUGUGUUGAAUGAGCAAGGGCUUAACACGAGGCUGUUAGAGGGAAAGGGACUUGGUGUUGAGAUCCCAAGAGAUGAGAAAGAUGGAGCAUUUGAUUCUGACUCGGUUGCUUACUCCGUUAGAUUGGCUAUGAUUGAUGAUGCAGGAGAGUCGAUAAGGGCAAAAGCAAAGCUCAUGAAGGGUUUGUUUGGGAACAUAGAUGAGAAUUCACGCUACGUCGAUGAACUUCUCGGUUAUAUGACAAGUAAAAAGUAAAACACCGUUUCAUGGCUAAUCAGCAAGAUUUAUCGUAUUCGUGGUAAAUUAACUAGUAGUUUUUAGUGAGUUGUUCUUCUCUCACUGUUCGUUCUCUCUUUAGCUUCAUGCAUACUUCAAAGCUAGUUAAAGUGUAAAUUUAAACUGAACCGGCCCUGAGUUUACUAAGAUUGCAAGUUCCGGA